AUGAACGGCGUAAUUUGGGAUAAGAUGCAGAAGAUUUUUGUGCCAAUUUCGAAUGUACCAGCAUAUGCCAUGAUGCAACAAGAACGUUUCAAACAAAAUCGAGCACUCGAAAAUCACAAUUUUCAAUUGCAGAAUUUGACUUUAACAUCUUUCCAGGAACCAAAUUUUUUUGAAUUUUACGACAACGACACGAAAGUUACAGGACUUUGCGGUGAUUUAUGGACUCUUCUCUCCGAAUCAUUAAAUUUUACAUUACAACCAAUAAGAUCAAAUGUAAACAGCGCAGGUGUGGUAGAAAAAAACCAAACUUAUAUAAAUAAAUUAUUAGACAUACUUUUUCGCAAUGAAACUAUUGCUAUACCAAAAAUCGAAACAUACAGUUCGCUACUUACAGCUACUGAUUUUACAAUGCCUCUAUGGAUAAAUAGUUAUCGAACAUAUAUUCGUCUCGAGGAAAUGCACGACAUCACAUGGAUGGCAAAGGUGUUCUCUUGGAAAGUAUGGUGCAUUAUACUGGUUAUGCAUGUAACGCUAAGCAUCUGUAGUUUUUGGUCACAAAUUAUUCUCACACGAAUCGAGAACAAAUAUAAAAACACAAACUUCGGCGAACAUUUCUUUUAUAAUUUUGGAAUGCUCUGCAAUCAAAGCUACGUUCCUGAGAUUCUAUAUGGAAGAUCAAAGAUAUUAGAAAUAUCACUAGGUCUUUUUUGUUCUAUAUUAUAUAUGGCAUUUGGUGCUGUAUUAUUUAUUUAUAUGACAAAAAAUAUUAUUAUACCGCCAUUUGAUAAUCUUCAAUCUUUGGUAACUCAUACUAGAUAUAAAGUUAUUACUCUGAAAGGUUCUGUUGCAGAUAUUGCAUUUAAGAUAAGCCCUAACAGAGAUUUUGUACGAGUAAGAACGGCGAAACGCGUUGUCUUUGCAUCAACAAUUGAAGAAAUGUUUGAAACAAUAUGUUCCUCAACAGAAAAAAAAUAUACUGUAAUUCAAGGUGAAGACGCAUACAAAGCAACAAACACUAUAUGCAAACUAACUCCAGUUGGAGAAUCCUAUUUGAAUAUGUGGAUAGCUGCAGGCAUCGCAAAGAAUUUUAAGUACAAGAGAACCAUCGAUCUCGGAAUACUCAAAUUAAUGGAAGUUGGACUCUGGGAUGUGCUAGAAGAACGUUGGAUGGAAAAAAAAAUUAAAGACGAUUAUACUAAAACGAUGGAAGCAAUUGGAAUAGAUCAAAUUGCUUUACCAAUUGCAGUGAUGUGCUGUGGAACAGUAAUAGCUUUUGUUAUUCUUAUAAUCGAGAAAAUCGUAUAUACUUAUAAAAUUAAUAUUCCGCAAUUUGCCACUCUUCAGAAAGAAAAUUUAGCCAAACGUCAAGCACUAGAAAUACGCGAUAUGAGAAACGAAGUAGUGAGAGCUGUGUAUUAUGAGGAAAAAAAUAUGGUGAUGUUUUACGACAAUGACACAAAAGUUAAUGGUAUUUGCGGCGAUUUAUGGUAUCUUCUUGAGGAUUAUCUAAAUUUCACAUUUAUCCUGAUCAAAAUAAACAAUCAAGAUUUUGGCGAGAAGCUAGAGAACGAUAGCUAUACCGGCGUAGUUGGUAUGCUAACACGAAAUGAAGCGCAGGCAAUUAUGAGAACUGGAUUUUUUGUAAGUCGUAUGGAUGCCAUGGACUACACAACAGCUCUUUGGAAAUUCCACUAUGGUUUACAGCCAUAUUAUGGAUAUAACAAUCAGGAAGUAAUAGACAUGAUUCGCUCACGGCAAUUAUUGCCAUGUCCGGAAGACUGUCUGACAAUGAUUUACAAUUUAAUGAUUGAAUGUUGGUAUGAAGUAGCGAAUCGCAGGCCACAAUUCCCAGAGAUUCAUCACCGGCUACACAAUUGGUAUAUAAAUCAAACCUACUUGAGUGAUUUUUGCAACGAAUCUAUUACCAGUUAUUCCGGUAGUAGCCAUAAAAGCACGAAUAAAACCAACUCGACACAAUUGUCAGCGCCCAUAUAUAAUAAAAGCGAUCAGAAAACAGGCACUGAGCCAACGGUCAUCUGUAAUCUCAACGAUCACAGCAACGCGAUAAAAAUGCUGCCGACAGCGAAUACUUUUCCAAAUUCUAACUGCGUUGAGCAGAGACCAAAUUGCGGUUUCAAUAUGAAAUAUGGAACGCCGAUAAAAACAUCUAAUAAUUACCAGAAUCCUACUACAAAUGUCAAUCUAAAUGAUGUCUAUGACGAUAAACAGUGUUGCUCACCCAAGUUGAGCGGUGCGAAGAAAGUUUUACCUGUAGUAGCACCUCAGACUAGUGUGUCCAUAGCAAAUGCGAUGAACAACGGUUCAAGACCAUUGCAAAAUGGUGCGCAAUUGGUCGUCAGGUUCCGGAUCCCAGUAAAAGUCACAACUGAGACGAGAGUCUCGAAAUAA